ACAGCGAGUUUCUUUUCGCCUUGAUUGACUGCUUAUGGAAGGAGGCUGGGCUCCACUCCACACUCAAGUCCCGCCUCGCGCGUGUUUCUUACUGGGAACUAAAGCUAUAAAAUGAAGCGUUUUAGCACGAUAACAGAGGCGCAGCGUGAAGUUAGAGUUCACCUAGUGAACUGCUGUACGGACACUUGAGACAGACUGAUGCUUUAACCAGCCAGCGCGCGGAGAGACGUCGCUGACCGGGUUUCUUGUCACUUCCAAGCCGAAAGUCCCUACAUCUAGUCGCCGGGUGAGGUACGGAGCAGAGCCAUGGCGGGGGACGGUUCGGACCAGCGAGCCCUGCAGUAUGAACAAACUUUGAUGUAUGGGCGUUACACCCAGGAACUUGGGGCGUACGCCAAAGAGGAGGCAGCCCGGCUGAGGGAGAGCGGGCAGAGGCGCAGCCGGACCCGGGACCUGCUGGAGUAUGACAAGGGACGCUGCGCCAAGUGCCGCAUUUGCACAGUUCGCUGCCAAAAAUUCCUGAUCUCACGAGUUGGAGAGGACUGGAUCUUCCUGAUCCUGCUUGGACUGGUGAUGGCCCUCGUCAGCUGGGUUGUAGACUUCUGCAUCGCUAUCUGCCUACAAGCACAGAAGUGGAUGUAUGGUGGUCUGGACAGUAACGUGUUUCUGCAGUACCUGGCCUGGGUCACCUACCCUGUGGUUCUGAUCACCUUCUCUGCCGGCUUCACUCAGAUCCUCGCUCCCCAGGCUGUUGGUUCAGGCAUUCCCGAAAUGAAGACCAUCUUGCGAGGGGUGGUGCUGAAGGAGUACCUGACUUUCAAAACAUUUGUGGCCAAAGUCAUCGGGCUCACCUGCGCCCUGGGCAGUGGCAUGCCUCUUGGCAAGGAGGGUCCCUUUGUGCACAUUGCCAGUUUGUGUGCUGCUCUGCUCAGCAAGUUUAUGUCUCUGUUUGGAGGAAUCUAUGAGAAUGAGUCGAGAAACAUCGAGAUGCUUGCGGCAGCCUGUGCGGUGGGAGUGGGCUGCUGCUUUGCUGCCCCUAUAGGAGGUGUGUUGUUCAGUAUUGAAGUAACAUCCACAUUCUUUGCUGUGCGGAACUACUGGAGAGGGUUCUUUGCAGCUACCUUCAGUGCCUUCAUCUUCAGAGUGCUGGCUGUCUGGAGCAGAGACGAAGAGACCAUCACAGCACUUUUCAAAACCCGUUUCCGUUUGGAUUUUCCCUUUGACCUUCAGGAGCUUCCUGCCUUCGCUGUCAUUGGUAUUGCCAGUGGAUUUGGUGGUGCUUUGUUCGUCUAUCUAAACCGACUGAUUGUCCAGUUCAUCAGGAAGCAAAAGACCAUCAACAAAUUCCUCAUGAAGAAGCGACUGCUGUAUCCAGCUCUGGUCACUUUACUGAUUUCAACACUGACAUUUCCUCCUGGAUUUGGACAGUUUAUGGCUGGAAAGUUGACUCAGGGGGAGUCUCUGGUGACUUUGUUGGACAACCGGACAUGGGCAAAACAGGGAAUUGCAGAGGAAUUUGACUAUAUUGGAAACUCCCAAGCCUGGAAACACCCACAAAUCAAUGUCUUCGUCACACUGGUCCUUUUCAUCAUCAUGAAGUUUUGGAUGUCAGCCUUGGCCACCACCAUCCCUGUGCCCUGUGGAGCUUUCAUGCCUGUGUUUGUCAUUGGAGCAGCGUUUGGUCGUCUGGUUGGAGAAUGCAUGGCAGCCUGGUUCCCAGAUGGCAUUCACUCUGAUGAGUCCAUUUAUCCCAUAGUGCCAGGAGGCUACGCUGUUGUGGGUGCUGCAGCCUUGUCGGGAGCGGUCACCCACACCGUUUCAACUGCGGUCAUUGUGUUUGAGCUGACUGGUCAGAUCUCCCACAUCCUGCCGGUGAUGAUAGCUGUUAUACUGGCCAACGCCGUGGCUCAAUCUUUGCAGCCGUCGCUCUACGACUCUAUUAUCAGGAUCAAGAAGCUGCCCUACCUCCCAGAGCUGGGCUGGGGUCACCAUGAGAAAUACAACAUCCGUGUGGAGGAUAUUAUGGUGCGGGAUGUACGAUACAUCACACUCAACUGCUGCUACCGAGACCUCCACAACGUCCUGAUGUCGGGACAUCUCAAGACUCUGGCUUUAGUGGAAUCCGCUGAGUCAAUGAUCCUGUUGGGCUCCAUAGAGCGUGCCCAGCUGCAGUCGCUGCUUUCCCAGCAGCUCAGUCGCAGCAGACGCAUGGAGUACAUCAGGGAACGAGCUGCAGCAGAGAAAAAACGCUUGUCUGAUGUGUCAAACAGCGAUAGCGAGGAUGGGCACCAGCGGGCCAGCCAGGAGGUCCGUUUCCAGAUUUCUACUGAGGAGUCCACCUUCAGUCCAACUCGUCCAGCUAGUCAGAAGCCUCUGAAACCUGCACUGAAAAGACCGUCUGUUAUGGAGAGACCCACUAAGCUUCCGACAAGCCCACAGGACCAUUCCGGCAUAGCGUUGAAGAGCCUGUUCUGCUCCAGUCCAGACGUAGAAGCUCUGGAGAAAAACAACAAUAUGGAGACCCCAGUGUCUCCUGAGCAAAGGAGGCCAUCCAAACGAGUCCGGAUAUCCGUCGUGGAUGAUGGAGAUGUGGAAGACGACAUGACACUUCGUGAGAUUGCAGAGUGGGAGGAGAGGCAGCUUGAUGAGCAAGUCGACUUCAACAACUGCAAGAUUGACCCCGCCCCUUUUCAGCUGGUGGAGCGCACUUCACUGCAUAAGACUCACACCAUUUUCUCCCUGCUGGGCCUCGACCACGCCUACGUCACCAGCAUCGGCCGUCUCAUCGGGGUGGUUUCCCUCAAGGAGCUACGCAAAGCCAUCGAGGGCUCUGUAACAGUAAAAGGCGUGAAGGUGCGACCUCCUCUGGCCAGCUUCAGGGACAGUGGGACCAGCAGCAGCGAGACGGAAGCAACAGAGCUCCAUAAGCUGUGGGACCGUCACAGGAACGUGUCGCUGCCAGGAGGACAACCCACAUCAGAGUCUGACGAGAAGUCCCAGUGAGGGACAGCUGAGGACAAAAAGGAAGAAGAGGUGCAGGUGGGGGAAGAGGAGGUGGAGGAUGCAUUGAGAUCUUCAAUCCCCAAAGCUACAAACAUGCAAAACUCCUCAGGGCUACAGAUCAUUAUUUAAAUAUAGAAAGUUCUCCUAUGCCGUUCUCUCUUCUCUCCACAUCUGCCACUCUACCUCCUCCAGCACCACCUCCUCGGCUUCUUUACUCACCCAGUGCUUCUUCCAGGAGCCUUGCAGUGGCCCAGCCAGACACUCCACAGGAAGUGUCCUGCUCUCCAUUUACCCUUGGGGUCCCACAGUGUAUCAUUUUUGUCAACUCCAAAGCUGGGACUGAGUUUUUUAAAAGGGAUUUGUUUUGUAGACUUUUUUUUUUUUUUUUUUUUUUUUUGCUUGUGUUUAGAGUUGGAAUCAAGGUUUGAAGAUGCAAAAUAUGUUGAGCACGUCUUCCAUUUGAGUCCUGAAAUUCAACAAGGAAGAAUACUGUAAUAUUUGUGUGUACGGGGAGUGUGAAUGUAUGAAAGGAGAAAAGUAUGUGCAUAAAAAGAAGGGCAGCAUAGACUCUUGUCAUAUAGAAUUUUUUAUACUGCCUUUAGAACAAAUUUCAGUCUUUAUUGUCCUCUGUGAUGAGGUUCAGUGUUGAUAAAUCAGGAGGUCUAGAAGAAUCAGUUUGUCUCACUACCAAGCAUUGAACUGAUAAAGGGACAAGUGAUGAAGUGGUUUGUUGUUUAUGUCUUUUCCUGUGCAUGCUCACCCCUCCACUGCGAGGUCUAGCGAUUAGGCCGAGUGCAGCCAGGCCUGUUGGCGCCAUAAUGUACACUCCCUUUAUUCUGUAGCUCUGGCCUCAAGUGACGUGAGGCUGAAACGCACACAAACACUUUGCAGCAGUGCACUCCGACUGUGGAUGUUCUCUGCUUAUUUAAAUCUGACUCUCAGAGUUUCUGAGAGGGUUAGGGAAGAGGAGGAGGACUGGAAUGCAGAAGGACAAGAAUUAAAUGGUUGUCUAGAAGAAAAAAAGCAGCUCUGGAUGCUUAUCAAUCUGAAUUUAAACUCUAUGUGAGCUGUUAUUAUAUCAUCUGAGACAAACCACACCUAUAUACUGGUACAAAACACUUAUAAAAUAUUCAUUGUCUGCUUAAAACCACUGACCGAAAUCUAUAAUGGACCAACAGGGAGUGAUUUAACUUGUUCAGUUGGACAAAAUAACUAGAGUUUAGCUGCUGCAUUAUUGUUAGACUACUGUUAGGCAUGAAUGUGUAACAGCACUGUUUUCUAAUUCCUGACAUGACAGAUAAAACUAAAUACCUUACAGUGAAUAAUUUAUGUCUUCCAUAGUUUCUUGUGUUCAUUAAGAGAAAACCCUUUCUUCCAGUUUCUCCCUCCUGUCAUAAACAUCUUAAACGCAUGCUUUAGGACCAGGCUAAGAUUUUUGCCACCAUUCUAUUGCCUUAG